CUGCUUCUUCUGCUGCUGCUGCUUGUAACAGGCGGCGGUGGCGGCGACGUUGGGGGACCCCUCUUUGGGGCGCGGAGAUGCGGCCGCAGGUGGCCUUGCUGCUGCUGCUGGGCUCUGCUUGCUGCGGUUCAGCUCAGCUAAUCUUUAAUACGACCAAAUCUGUAGACUACACCAUUUGCAAUGAAACUGUUGUCAUCCCCUGCAUUGUUAUUAAUGUGGGGGGAAAGGACAUUUCUGAGAUGUAUGUCAAGUGGAAAUUCAAUGGCACGCGCGUUUUGAACUUUGAUGGAGCCAAGCAGGAGUUUAAUAUCAGCUCUAAAUUUCCGAGUGCAAGGAUCUCACAACCACAUCUGCUGAAGGGUAUUGCCUCCUUGAAGAUGGAUAGAAGGGACGCCGUUGUGGGAAACUACACUUGUGAAGUGACGGAAUUAACCCGAGAAGGCGAAACCGUCAUAGAAUUAAAAUACCGUGUUGUGUCAUGGUUUUCUCCAAAUGAAAAUAUUCUAGUUGUGAUUUUCCCAAUUUUGGCCAUACUUCUAUCCUGGGGACAGUUUGGUAUUGUGACACUUAAAUAUAAAUCCAGUAAUACAAAGGAAAAAACCAUUCUUUUAUUUGUUGCUGGCCUAGUGCUCACUGCAGUCGUCGUCAUUGGAGCUAUUCUUUUUGUCCCAGGUGAAUACUCAGUAAAAAAUGCUGCUGGACUUGGCUUAAUUGUAAUUCCUACAGCGAUAUUAAUAUUACUUCAGUACUGUGUGUUCAUGAUAGCUAUCGGCAUGUCCUCCUUUACCAUCGCUAUAUUGAUCCUUCAGGUGCUGGGCUAUGUGCUCUCUUUGGUUGGACUAAGCCUCUGCGUCUCAGAGUGCACUCCAGUUCAUGGCCCACUUCUGAUUGCAGGUUUGGGUAUUAUAGCUCUAGCAGAGUUGCUUGGAUUAGUAUAUAUGAAAUUUGUUGCUUCCAAUCAGAAAACUUUACAACCUCCUAGGAAAGCUGUAGAGGAACCCCUUAAUGCAUUUAAAGAACCAAAAGGAAUAAUGAAUGAUGAGUAACUGAAGUGAUGAACUCUUAUUGGAGAUGAGUAAGAUGUGAAAGGAAUACACUUGUGUUUAAGCAUCAUGGCCAAGAGUCACUGUUUGAGAGAAGACAACAAGAAACAUAACUGACUUUUUUGAGUGUGGGAGAAAUAUAUCAUUGACCCUGACAUGUUUGUUACCGUUAAGUUUUUAUUCAAAGAAUCUGUAAUUUAGUUAAUAAAAAGAACUCUGACCUGUAGUGUGUA